AUGACUUCGUUCGCUAGCGCAUUCGGCUCAUCUAGUCAUGAUGAAAAUUUUAAUCAUGCCGCGAAUAAUCAUCAAGAAGAAUCAACUAAUUUCUCCAAUAUCGACCUUGACCAACAACCUAAUUCACCGCAACAUUCGUCGUAUGUUAGUCUAACUGAUGCAGCGACAUUACAUUCCGAGUCAUCAGCCGUGACCGCGAACACAAAUCCACGUGUUCCGACAUCGUCUUCGCAAGAGUUGCCUUCGAAUUCGUCGCCGAAGUCAAUGUUUGAUACGUCUUCAAUUUUGUCCGAGAAACGGAUUUCUAUUCCUGACAUGUCGAAAAUCUCAGCGUCGUCAGCCGCGGCGGUUGCCGCUGUCGGACCGACAAUUGAUAAACUGAAACAGUGGGGUCGUUCGACAUACAAAUGUACAAAACAAAGCAUCUAUGAAAAAUUAGGUAAAACCACGCGUACAAUUGAUGUUGAACUUGACAAUCAAAUUGAGCAAUUAAGAGAAUCGAAACGGCGAUAUGAACAUGUUCUUUCAUUAGCACGAAGUUAUGCAAACCACUUCUCAAAUUUGUUAGUUACUCAACGAGCUCUAAGUCCGUACCACACUAUCAUUUUCUUUCCCGAAUUUUCAUAUUACCUUUCAGGCGAUACAUUUCUCGAAUUGAAACACAAAUCUUUCCAUUUAUGUGAUGAAUACGGUUACAAUGCUGAGACGCAAGGUCUAUUAGUUCGACACGGCGAAGUUCUCAUGAGUGCUUUAAACUAUUUCAUAUCAACUCUGGAUACCUUGUGCAAUAAAACAAUCGAAGACACAAUAACAACCAUUCGUCUCUAUGAAAUAUCGAGAUUGGAAUACGAUGCUUGUCGAACUGAAAUGGAAUUACUUCCACCAGGUUCACAAUUGAAUGAAAAACAGCGAGAAUUCGAAAAGUACAAGGAUCGAUAUGAAAAACUAAAAUGCGAUAUCGGAGUCAAGAUGCAAUUCCUCGAAGAGAAUCAGACGAAAGUUAUGAAAAAGCAAUUACUUCUUUUUCACAAUGCCAUCGCCGCAUACUUCUCCGGCAAUCAACAAGCUCUAGACGCGACUAUGAAACAAUUCAAUCUCAAAGUUCUCAGUAAUGGCGAUAUGACUCAAGAAAAACGUUCAUUCUUAGAACAGUCUCAUCACUAG